UUUAUUUACCCUCUUCCCAGAGAACAAGGCUAUGAAUUUAUGUAUGCUGAGUUUAAAGAUCACAAGUGCUAUUUUACUUCACUUCUACAUUAUCAGGUGGGUAUAAGAACUUUAAAAUAAUAAAUAUUAAUAAUGAUGUUAAUAUUUAUAUGCACGUAAAUGAAGAACUGUGAUCUCACAACACCUGCUGUCCUUAAUUCACUUUUUGUUUCAUAUGCUAGCUCCUGCGUGAGAAGGGGGAGAGGGGGCGGCAGUUGUGACUCCUACAUGAAAGGGGGAUACUUAACUUAAAAAGAAAAUUAUACCUCUCAGGAGACCAAUGUGGGUGCGCCUCAGGCUUAAACGAGGUGAAACGUGAGAAAUAGCAAUAGUUAAGCAAAGUUCUUCAAACUUAAGAGGUUUUGCUUUUAUAAGUUGUUGAAGGUUGGCCUAAAAUCGUUUGAAGUAUUGAAAAUAGAACUACAUGUAGUGUUAAUGCCAGCUCCAUUUUAAUUUUGUCAACACAAUUUUAUUUGAGAGCAUAGCAGCUUCAACAAAAAGAAACUCAUUAGUUGGAGAAAAGUUCAUAGAAUUUUUAAGGUUAAAUUAACUAAAUAAUUCUUUUACACAUCUUUGUCAAUGUUUCCACUGAUGAUGAAUUAAGUCCUACUAAAAAUAACAAAAAAUGGCUCUUAGUUACCUACAUACAGGUGAUACUUGUAAGUAAAAAUUUGGCUUUCCAUUCAGAACACCCUUAAUAGCAAGAUCAAGAUCUGCAGUUUGCAUCCCUAAGCUACAUGACAAGCAUCCCCAUUCCAUAUAUAGGAAUCUGGAAUCCCACUUACAAUAAUAAUUAUUUCAAUAAAAUUAAUAAUAAUUAUAUAAAUUAAUUAAUAAUAAUAUUAAUAAUAACUUUAAGUCUUUCCAAGACAGGCCUAGAUUACCUAACAUGGGGUGCGUAAGGGAGUCCCAACUUCAUCACAUGCUUUCUUUUACUUCAUUACCAAAUAACCAUGCAUGUAUAAAAAAAACUCAACCACAGCCAGGGAGACUGAUACACCUAAAUUUGCCAGAUUACAACCAUCAAUUUGCUGAAUUCAUUUGCAUUGUUAUUAUAAUUUCAACAGACACAAGGUGAGAAUGCUCCUUGGUCACUAGCAAUGAAGCAUUUUACUGACCUCAGGGAGAGUAAAGGU